AUGGAGCUCGACGAGGGCUGCGGCGGCGCGCCAGCCGGCCUCCUGACCGGUGUCCGGCCGGCGCUCUCCGGCGCCGGCUCGCCUCUCAAGGCGUUCGGCGGGGGCUGCGCAUGCUGCCCGGCUGGCGCCGACGCCUCGCCCGCCUGCGACGUCUGCCACGACGACGGCGCCGACAAGACGGCCGAGGAGGCUGCAGCGGCCGGCGGCGGGCCUGCUGAGGGCGCCGGCGGGGGGAGGGGGGGCAAGCGCCGCCGCCACAACAAACGCGGCGGAGCCGGCGGCGGCCGAGGCGGCGCGGGCGGCCUCCGCCAGGGCGGCGGCGGAGGCGGCAGCGAGAGCGGCGGAGGCGGCGACGGCCGCAGCGGCGGCGACGGCGACGGUGGCAGCGACGGCGGCGGCGGCGGCGGCGGCGGCGGCGGCGGCGACGGCGACGGCGGCGGCGGCGGCGGCGGCGGCGGCGGCGGCGGCGGCGGCGGCGGCGGCGGCGGCGGCGGCGGCGGCGGCGGCGGCGGCGGCGGCGGCGGCGACAGCGGCGGCAACGGCGGCGACGGCGACGGCGGCGGCGGCGGCGGCGGCGGCGGCGGAG